AGUACUGAAACGAAAAGCUCGCUAGAUAGUCAGUACACCUAGAGCUUUAACGGUUUUUGCAACGAAAGCUCCGUGCGUUAAGUGUUUCGAAGCGGGAAAGCUCGCAACAAAAAGGGGAAUUGAAAAGAAAGGUUUCAGGGACGUCUAAAAGCAUUUCGAUCAACUUCUCAAUCUUACCUCGAAGAUGUCAACUCAUUACAAACUGAUAUAUUUCAACGCGAGGGGUCGAGCGGAACAUAUAAGAUUUAUUUUCGCUUAUGCUGGAGUUCCAUAUGAAGACGAGCGAGUCUCCAGGGAAAAAUGGCCGGAUUAUAAAAAAAGAACUCCCUUUGGAACGUUACCUGUUUUGGAAAUUGAUGGAAAACCGAUUGCGCAAAGUAAUGCUAUCGCUAGAUAUUUAGCAUCUAAAUAUGAUUUACUUGGAAAAAAUGAAUGGGAAACUUUGCAGUGUGAUGUUUUAGUUGAUGCUUUAGGGGAUCUUAAACAAGUACUGUGGCAAUUAAGAUCAGAAGAAGAUCCAAUAAAACGUGAAGAACGUAAAGUAAAAUUAAUGAUGGAAACAAUUCCAUUUUACCUAUCAAAAUUUGAGAGUAUCGUCGCAAAAAAUAAUGGUUAUUCAGUUGGAGAUGGCAUUACUUGGUGUGACUUUGUAUUCGCGGUAUCUCUAGAAAGUUUCGAGUUAAUCUUCGGUAAAGCUUCAUUGGAACGUUAUCCUCACCUAAAAGCUUUAAAAGAUAUGGUCUACGCCCUACCUGCCAUCGCGGAAUGGGUGAACAAACGUCCGUACACGGAUUCCUAAACACAAUGCGAAGCACUUCGAAAACGUUUUCGCUCGGAGACUGUCGAAAAUAUAACGUGUUUGUUCGUUUUAUUUCGAAACAACCCUGGAGUAUAUGGGAUUUCUUCCUGUAUUUCCAAUGUUUACAGACCCAAAAGAGGAAUGUCGCUGCUAUAUUUUUGAUAGUCCAACAAAAUUUAUUUGUACAUAAUACAAUUUAAAGGUAAUGUUUCAAGAAAAACAUAUAAUGAAUGUUAUUGGUAGAGGAAAAUAAUGUUGUUAUUGGCGAUGUUGUGUAGAUAGUUGUAUAAUAAGUAUAAAAUAUAAAUAAAGAGGAAUUAAAAGAUGAAA